GUUUUUUCUGUGGUGUCAUAAAAUGUGUGUUGUGUUGGUAAAUGUAAAUUCUGCAUAAAUAAAAUUAGAUGGAAAUAACACUGAUAUUCCGAAAGAAAUGACCAAUAAUACAUAGCAACUAUGAAGAAGGAACGCACGGGCGACAAUUGUCGUCCUUUCAAAUUAGCCCAUCAGAUUCUCAGCUUGACGGGGAUCAGCUUCGAAAGGCGGAGCGUUAUUGGCUUCGUCGAGCUGACUAUCGUUCCCCUGAAGGAUAACCUGCGUUACAUUCGUCUAAAUGCGAAACAGUGUCGUAUUUACCGGGUCUGUCUCAAUGACCAAUAUGAGGCUAACUUUCAAUAUUUUGACCCAUUUUUGGAUAUAUGUCAGGCUGACCCCAACACGAGAUCAUUGGAAGUCUUUUCCCAAUUCCACUUAUCUGCUGCCCAAAAGAUAGACCCAGAUCACAAUUCUGGAGAGCUCCAUGUUCAGAUUCCAGAAGAAGCUGCCCAUUUGGUGGGUGAGGGGAGAGGACUUCGGAUUGGCAUUGAAUUCUCAUUGGAGUCUCCUCAAGGUGGAAUGCAUUUUGUGGUUCCUGAUGGAGAAGGGACAUUGGUAGAGAAAUCAGCUCACAUGUUCACCUAUGGACACUCAGCACGCCUCUGGUUCCCUUGCGUAGACAGUUUUGCAGAGCCCUGUACUUGGAAACUGGAGUUCACGGUUGAUGAAAGUCUCACCGCAGUGUCUUGUGGGGAGCUGGUUGAUGUUGUGUACACUCCGGAUCAUAGGAGAAAGACUUUCCAUUACCUGGUCAAUACGCCGGCUUGUGCUCCUAAUAUUGCUUUGGCCAUAGGACCAUUUGAAACAUACGUAGACCCAUUCAUGAAUGAAGUGACACACUACUGCUUACCCAACUUGCUGCAAAUAUUGAAGAAUACUGUGCGGUAUCUACAUGAGGCUUUUGAGUUUUAUGAGGAAACACUGUCUACUAGAUAUCCUUAUCCAUGUUAUAAGCAAGUCUUUGUUGAUGAGACAGAAGACGACGCCACAGCAUACACAACAAUGUCUAUAAUGAGCACCCACCUCCUCCACUCCAUUGCUAUCAUAGACCAGACAUAUGCCAGCCGCAAAGCCAUGGCCCAAGCUGUUGCGGAACAAUUCUUUGGCUGCUUUAUAACUAUGCAGAAUUGGUCAGACCUGUGGCUAGCUAAAGGCAUACCGGAUUAUAUGUGUGGCUUGUAUUCUAAGAAGUGCUUCGGAAAUAAUGAGUACCGGUAUAUUAUACAUCAGGAAUUGCAAGAGGUAGUUGGAUAUGAAGAACAAUAUGGUGGCAUAGUCCUAGAUCCUUGGCAGCCACCAGCCAGCGGAGCCCGAGUUGAACCGAAAGACGUAUUUUAUUUCCCCGUGCGAAAUGUUCAUACUAUGUCUCCACGUUAUAUUGAGAUAAUGCGCAAAAAAUCUCACCUAGUACUACGGAUGUUAGAACAACGUAUCGGCCAAGAACUAUUGCUUCAAGUGUUCAACAAGCAACUCUCUCUAGCUACGAACGCAGCUAACACAAAGAUUGGUAGUGGUCUAUGGGGCCACCUGUUACUGUCAACCAACCUCUUUGUGAAAGCUAUAUUUACGGUGACGGGCAAAGAUAUGGCGGUGUUCGUAGACCAGUGGGUGCGGACUGGUGGUCACGCUAAGUUUCAACUCACUUCCGUGUUCAAUCGCAAAAGAAACACAGUAGAACUAGAAAUCCGUCAAGACUGCGUCCACGAGCGCGGCAUCAGAAAGUACGUCGGACCUUUACUGGUCCAACUGCAGGAGUUAGACGGCACAUUCAAGCAUAUGCUGCAGAUUGAGAACACGGUCGUGAAAGCGGACAUCACGUGUCACAGCAAGAGUAGGAGAAAUAAGAAGAAGAAGAUACCCCUGUGUACUGGAGAGGAGGUCGAUAUGGAUCUGUCGGCUAUGGACGAUUCCCCAGUCCUUUGGAUCCGUCUCGACCCCGAAAUGUCACUCUUGCGCAGCACAGUGAUAUCCCAGCCUGACUACCAGUGGCAGUACCAGCUGCGUCACGAGCGUGACGUCACCGCCCAGAGUGAAGCUAUUGACGCGUUACACAACUACCCAGAACCAGCUACUAGGAAAGCUCUGACGGAUGUUAUUGAGAACGAACAGACUUAUUAUAAGAUUCGGUGUAGAGCUGCGCAUUGUUUGACUAAGGUGGCAAACGCAAUGAUAAGUUCAUGGGUAGGCCCGCCCGCCAUGUUGACGAUAUUCCGCAAAAUGUUUGGCUCGUUCGCGGCGCCGCACAUAAUUAAACAGAACAAUUUUGACAACUUGCAACACUACUUCUUGCAGAAAACUAUACCCGUUGCUAUGGCAGGUCUAAGAAACAUUCACGGAAUCUGUCCUCCCGAAGUGGUGCGUUUCUUACUGGAUCUAUUCAAAUAUAAUGACAACUCAAAGAACCAUUUCUCUGACAACUAUUAUAAAGCUGCAUUGGUUGAUGCUUUAGCUGCUACAAUAACGCCUGUUAUAUCCGUAUUGCAACCGGGUGCCCCAAUAACAGCAGAUUCUCUCUCAGCGGACACACGCCUAGUACUAGAAGAGAUCACCCGCGUACUAAACUUGGAGAAAGUGUUGCCAUGCUACAAGAACACGGUGACGGUGAGCUGUCUGCGAGCCAUACGUCGCCUGCAGCAGUGUGGACACCUGCCCAGUAUACCCACCGUGUUCAGAGCUUAUGCACAGUAUGGACAGUAUAUUGACGUACGACUAGCAGCCUUCGAAUGUCUAGUAGACUUCGUCAGAGUAGACGGCAAACCAGAAGACCUAUCAUCAUUACUCACCGCGGUAGAAAGUGACGCGGAUCCCUGCGUGAGACACGGUCUAGCUCGCCUGUUGAUCAACAUGCCGCCGUUUGAACGAGCCCAGAGACACAGGCUUGAUACUGAAGCUGUAGUACAUAGACUAUGGAACAACAUAAACUGUCUUCUCUCAAACGAUGCAAGACUUCGAUGUGAUCUCGUUGACCUAUACUACACGUUAUACGGUCUCAAGCGCCCGAUCUGCGUCCCUCUACCAGAAAUACAAGCCAUGAUGAAGCAGAUGCACCAUAAGGAGAGAGAGAGGCUGGAGAGAGAGAGAGAGCGGGAGAAGGAGAAGGAAAGAGAACGCGAGAGAUUGAAGGAGUUGGAAAUUAAGCCGGUUAUUAAGCAGGAGGUGGAGGAUGUAAAAUACGAGCCAGAAGUGCCAAUGGACACCUCUCUCCCCAUGUCCACACUGGACAGAAUAGUGGACAUUCCUCUAGACGACAUGUUACCCGUACCACUGUCCAGUAUCAAGGAGGAAGAUGUCAAAAUUGAUGUUACAAGUGUACCUACUGAGUUGCCUGUUAGAGUGUUUAGCGAUGACAACAAACGUGAAUUCAUGACAGACAACGCCGUAGCCUUACCUGGUAUACCAGGCACCUCAGGCCCUGUCGGCUUCGAGCCCGGCAUGUUCCGGGACAAAGAUGAUAUGGGAGCUCCUAAGGCCAAAAAGAAGAAGAAGGAAAAGAAGAAGCACAAACAUAAGCACAAGCACAAACACAGCAGCAAAGAUAAAUCAAAGGAACACAAAGAUAAGGACCGAUCUCUACCUCCGCGGCCUCCUUCGAGCACCGAACAUUUAAAGAUAAAAGAAGAAACGAGAGAAACUCUUAGCUCAUUCAGUUCAAGUCAAAGCCCUUCUGAAGAUAUCUCGUCGAUGCCUAGUAAUAUGAGUUUUUAAAUCAUUCAAAUAUUCGUAUAGUUCGUGCUUAACUUAAUGACGGCUCAGAACAACCAACUAUUUUUAAGUUUCAAAGUGCGAGACGGUUAUAGAACACAUUAACGUACAUGUGUCAAGAAGUUAGUUGCUAGCCGCCAUGAAGUUUGGCGAAAAGUACAUUUGACGCAUUUGAUCCAACAUUUAUCGCCUUGGUAUUGCAAAUUGAACGCAACUUUAAUAAGGUUCAUUUUAGAAACGUUAGAUUAUAUGAAUAUCGGGCCAAUAGAAAACGCCUUUCUACGUGAUUGCGUGAAAAAUUGAGAAUACAGAAAUCAGGCUUAAUUUUUGUUGUUACAAUAAAACCUAAAGUAAAAAUGGGAGAUCUUCACUUAUAGAGUCGAGAGUAAAAUUGACUUAAAAUUCUUAAUGUGACUUUAUUAUCGAAGAUAAUAAUGUUUGUUGUAUUCUAAAUGAGAUGAAGUUGUAUUUGUAAUAAGGAUGUUUGUAUUUGAUAAUGUCACGUACAAUUUUUUCUGAUUGUUUUAUGUAAACAAUUAGAUCGUGUUAUAAUAUAAGUGUGACUCGGCAAACCAAAGGCGGGUCUACGCUAGACGAACAGAGCACGAGCGAAGCACAAGCGGAGCCUUCUCGGCUUGUAGUUCGCGGCGUCAAGUGUGGACGUACAACGAACUUACAACGAUCACUGUUAGCAAAUCCCUUUGUGUUCGUCAAAAACCGACAACAGGCGGAACGCAGCCGAGCACGAACGAAAUGCUCGCAGCGCGCUCGUUAGAGGCUUGUAAGUUGGUCCACACUAGACGAAUUGUGUUCGGCUCGUGCUCCGUUCGUGCUCGGCUCUCUUAGCGUAGACGCAGGUUAAGAAUUGAUAUCAUCUCCUUUAUCUAUGAAAGAUAAACUGUUUGUCUUUGUAAAUUGACAUUUACAAAGACAAACAACAUAUAGAACAUUUAGAUAUAAGAACAUUUAGAUAUAGCUGUAAGUGAGAAUUUUGUGGUAUUCAAGUUGAUUUUUUAAGAGUAAAUGAAACUAUGUUUGGGAAGAAGAUUUUGAAAAGAAAGUUUAUUUAAUUUUAAGAAACAAAUGUAAAAUAUAAGUUAAUACAAAAUUAUAAGAUUAA